CUCAACCACUUUAACGAGGCUACAGCAACGACGUGCCAAAGCUCCUGGCGCCAUCGACUUCAACAUCGAAUUCAUCCUUGCUAGAGCCUGGUCCAUCCUGCACGUCGCCCUUCGCCCACCCCGCCUACUGAGCUCUUGAGCUUGCUAAGUAUUGCACCAACGGGCUCGCGCCAAAUACGCUCUUAUAUCAUGACGUGGAUCUCGCGCUCGAUCACGGCCAUUGGCCUCCUUCUCCUCGGCCAUGCCUGCUACUCUGCGCAAGAGCAUUCUGCGCUGCAAUCUUUCCGAGCAGCUUCGCCUUUAGCAACAUCUGCCUCGGCUACCACGUCGCUACCGGCAGACAUUACAAUCGAAGCGGCCGUGGCGACUCUCAUCGUCGUCUUGGGUAUGGUCUUGGGCGCACCCAACCUCCGACCGGUCGAGUGGCGCGUGUGGGCAGGCAAAAUUGAAAGAGAGGGCGAGAUGGGAUUCCUGACGGGUAGCGGGGAGGUGGAGAAGGACUACGUUGGCAACCCGUUUCGCAUUCUCGAGAGCCGGCCCGGCUUUGCCGACAUUCGGAAACAAAAGAGAGACUUUACGAACUGGGUCAAGGCUGGGGAAAAGGCUGGGACCGCGGCCAAGUCGGGUUGAGUUCUGGAAUGGCGAAUGAAUAUAGUCUAUCCAAAACAUGCCUGCAAUGUGUUUUCAACGUGGGCACGCUCAUGUCAAAGUGCUCAUCGCAAUGGCCUCGGAAGACAGCUCCCUACCCGGGGGUCACGAUGAAUUUUAACCCUUCAUCAUGCAGUAGGCAAGGUAUCUAGAUCCAGUGCAUCUCCCAAGAUCGAAUCAAGAAUUAGAGAAAAGCAUAACCCAAAAUUGGACGAACAACGGAGAAGACUGUUCCACUUCCUAGC